AAGAGAAAAACACGUUAAACAAAUGAAAAGGCAGGCGGCCGGUAGUAUUUCUUAGCAACGGCAAACAAUUAUAACUUCCAGAAAGUUUCAUCAAUAAACGAUUGUUAAUUGAAAAUAUAUUUUGUGCAAAAGAAAAAAUAAAAUCCAAAACUAAAAAUGGCUGAUGGUGAUAAAAUUGAAGUACGCGAUAUUACGCGCAUCGAACGCAUUGGCGCGCAUUCGCAUAUACGCGGACUUGGUUUGGACGAUGUGCUGGAAGCGCGUGCUGUCUCACAAGGCAUGGUCGGGCAGAAAGAUGCACGUCGUGCGGCCGGUGUGGUGGUACAAAUGGUGCGUGAGGGUAAAAUAGCUGGACGUUGUAUUUUACUAGCUGGCGAACCUAGUACUGGCAAAACAGCAAUUGCCGUGGGUAUGGCACAGGCUUUGGGCACAGAGACACCAUUCACCAGCAUGUCUGGCUCAGAGAUUUACUCGCUGGAGAUGAGCAAAACUGAGGCACUAUCACAGGCGCUGCGCAAAAGUAUCGGUGUGCGCAUUAAGGAGGAAACCGAAAUUAUCGAGGGUGAAGUGGUGGAAAUACAAAUAGAUCGACCAGCAACGGGCACGGGUCAGAAGAUUGGAAAGGUGACUUUAAAAACGACUGAAAUGGAGACAAAUUACGAUUUGGGCAAUAAGAUCAUAGAGUGCUUUAUGAAAGAAAAAAUACAAGCCGGCGAUGUGAUCACAAUCGAUAAAGCGUCCGGUAAAGUAACAAAAUUGGGACGUAGUUUCACACGUGCACGCGAUUAUGAUGCUACCGGCGCACAGACACGUUUCGUACAAUGUCCCGAAGGUGAACUACAGAAGCGCAAGGAAGUUGUACACACUGUCACACUGCAUGAAAUCGAUGUUAUCAACAGUCGCACACACGGUUUUCUCGCGCUCUUCUCCGGCGACACAGGUGAAAUUAAGCAAGAAAUACGCGAUCAAAUCAACAAUAAAGUGCUAGAGUGGCGUGAAGAGGGUAAAGCAGAAAUCAAUCCGGGCGUACUUUUCAUUGACGAAGUACAUAUGCUAGAUAUUGAAUGUUUCUCAUAUCUCAAUCGCGCUUUGGAGUCGGAUAUGGCGCCGGUUGUCGUCAUGGCCACAAAUCGCGGCAUCACACGCAUACGCGGCACAAAUUAUCGCAGUCCACAUGGCAUACCAAUCGAUUUAUUGGAUCGUAUGAUUAUCAUACGCACAGUGCCAUAUUCAGAGAAGGAAAUUAAAGAAAUAUUAAAAAUACGUUGCGAAGAGGAGGAUUGUCUAAUGCAUCCAGACGCAUUGACCAUUUUAACACGCAUUGCAACAGACACCAGCCUACGUUAUGCUAUACAAUUGAUUACCACAGCGAAUUUAGUGUGCCGACGACGCAAAGCGACGGAAGUAACCACAGAAGAUGUGAAGAAAGUGUAUUCACUAUUCUUGGAUGAGAAUCGUUCCAGUCAGAUAUUGAAGGAAUAUCAGGAUGAAUAUAUGUUUAAUGAAAUACAGGAGGUCAACGAGUGUGAAGUAGUAACAAAACGUGAAGAACCUGGCGCUGGUGACGAGGAGGCAAUGGAGCACUAAAUGCGUCUACUUUGUGGGGGCACAAACGGGAGGACAAGUUCAAUUCAGUUUAGUUGCAUACACACACACACACCUACAUUCGUAACAUAAUUUGCACUUUAAUUGAAACGGAAACCAUGUUAUUUUUAACGCUUUAAUAAUAAAAAAUAUAUAUAUACCUACGUAUUAUAA